AUGAUUUCAGCAACAAUGGGAGCAAGUUUAGCAACUUUGAUUACCACUCCAUUUGAUUUUUUUAAAACUCAACAACAAUUAAAACCUACACUAUAUUUAAAUUUAUUUCAAUCGAUUAAAUUAAUUCUCAAUAAUGAUACUCAGAAUUGGAAAUUGUUUUUUCGUGGUUCUAGUCUUAGAUUAAUUAGAAAAGGUCUUGGUUCAGCUAUUGGUUGGUCAAUCUAG